CCUCUCUCUCUCUCUCAACUACCUUAACCGACCUCUCCAAAAAUCUGCACCAUUCUCUCCCUCCCUCCCUCCAUUCCUCCGCAUGCCUUCCCUUCAAGCAACCAAAACUUUCAUCAAUCUCUCCCCCUCUAACCAUCGCCAUUUUCACCCCGCCCUCCCACCAACGUCCGUCCGUCCGUCCGUAGCUAGCUCCCACCUCCCCGACCACCUCGUCCAAUUCCGUUCCGGGGAAGAUCCGUAAAGAGAGAGUUAAGAGAAAAUAGGAAAGAUUCUACCUCCGCCCUCGAUGUGGCGGCCGUGGGCCAAAUCGACGGUCAAAGCUCGCGGCCCCCCAUCCUCACCGUCGUCAUCGCCGUCCUCCUCCUCCGGCAUCUUCUCAUGCACCACCUUCAAGGACAUCCAAGCCCUCUGCGCCGAGCCUUCCUCCCCUCUUCUCUCCCCCCGGAACCGCCCCAUCCUCCUCCGUCCCACCUUCGCCGCCACCUCUUCUCUCCUUCGCUCCCGCUCCGUCCCCCCGCCCGAACCCGAACCCGAACACGUCAAGGCGCAGCCCGUCCCGAUCCCCGGGGCCGCCGACGGCAACCGCAUUGUCGUCUACUUCACCAGCCUGCGCGUGGUGAGGUCGACCUUCGAGGACUGCAAGGCCGUCCGAUCCAUCCUGCGCGGCUUCUGCGUGAGGAUCGACGAGCGGGACCUGUCGAUGGACUCCGGCUUCCUGGCGGAGCUCCAGGGGAUCCUCGGCCACGGCGGCGGCGGCGGCCAGCGGGGGAAGCUGGCGCUGCCGCGGGUGUUCAUCGGCGGCCGGUACGUCGGCGGCGCCGAGGAGAUACGUCAGCUGCACGAGAUCGGGGAGCUGAAGAAGCUGGUGGAGGGCGCGCCGCCGGCGGAGCCCGGCGUCUGCGGCGCCUGCGGCGGGUACCGGUUCGUCCUGUGCGGGGAGUGCGACGGCAGCCACAAGCUCUACGCCGAGAAGACCGGAUUCCGGAGCUGCACGGCCUGCAACGAGAACGGCCUCGUCAAGUGCCCCUCUUGUACAUCCGCGCCGCUCUAAUUAUCCGGCACCGUUUUGCUAAAUCAAAUCGAUCAUACAAUGGCGUGACGACAUCGACAUGCUGACGGCCAUCACAAGUACCAUGUGAACGCAUUUGAUGUGAUUGGUUAUCUUAAUACCAUGGUGCCCUGCUAAUUGUAAGUUUUCUUUUGUUUGGACCCUCCUCUUUUAGAUUUGAUUUUCCAUUAGCUUUUCUAAUUGCUGAGAAAAUUUUUCCUUUUCUGUUUUUUGCUCAUAAUUAAUGGGGAAACAAGCAUAGGCCCAAUAAAUAAGUGGGAAGCAUAAGCAUAGUACCCCCAUUGGGCCAUUACCAUAUGGAGGGGAUGGUGGGAUGAACAAAAGUCAAGCUGACUUUUUGACCUUUUUGGUUUUAGUGUCCGUUCCCUUUUCUUAUUGUCCUGUACGGGGAAAGUAGCGACAACCUGUGACGGGAGAGGUAGGACUACAACAUGCCAUGUUCUUCGUUUCACAUGGCCUUGUAACAUAUGUAAUAGCGAUUGAUGUUAUGAGAUUUUCAAGUGCUGUGAA